UCUACUAAACGAAACAGUUCAGUGAAAGAAUAAGAAAGAAUGGCUCAAUCCUCGCAGGAUGACAUGAAAAAGACUGCAGCAGAGGUCAAGAAGGCGUCGUUUAUUGACUAUGUCCCACCUGAAGUUGAAUCUGGCCGCCAGCUUGUGCAACAGUACGCCAAGUUUGCGCCUGAUGAAGCGGAUGCACAUCUAUUCAACAUUAGAGAGCGGGCAUGGGAUGUGUUCCCUUAUGGCGCUAUUGGCAGGUUCUGGUUCCUUAAUCUGAGUCCCGCGCUCGAUGACCAACGCUUUCAGUCUGUCGUCGCACGGCUCCAGCAUCCAGAGUCGAACGAGGCGUUUCUGGAGGUUGGUUGUCUUUUGGGAACACUCAUCCGCUAUCUUGCAUGGCACGGCAUCCCAACUCGCCGUCUCUAUGGCAUUGAUCUACAACCUGGUUUCCUCGACAUCGGCUAUGACCUGUUCCGCGACAAGGACACUAGCCAAGCCACAUAUGUCGCUGCAGACAUGCUCAAGGAUGCCCCCAGCGCUGUUCGACUUCACGGCAAGAUAGACAUUAUUUACGCCGCAAAUUUCUUCCAUCUUUUUGAAAGGGAUGAUCAAAUCAAGGCAGCCAAGCAAAUGAUUAAAUUGCUCAACUUAGAUAACCCAGACGUCCUAAUAUUUGGUAAGAACCAAGGAGUCAGCGGUAAAGGCGACGAGUGGAAGAAGUAUAUUUUGGAUGCAGACGCCUGGAGAGACCUGUGGGCACAGGUUGGAGCCGAGACGGGAACACAGUGGGCAACUGAGUUGGAGUUGGUCGUCAAUCACCAGUGGAUAAUCGCGACCUUUGCUGUGCGUCGUGCCUAGCAAAAUGUCUUAUGAAAACCGCUUGACUAGUUGAAAAAGUAGAUGCCACUACACUUGAAAGUCUUUGUAAAGCGUUGAGAAGCUCGGCGCAAGUUCGACCGGAGCGC